AUGAUUAUUUAUGGCUUUUGUAAUAAAGAGUAUACAAAGAAGGUUUUUGGUUUACUGCUUCUCACUUUUGGCCGAAUCUUGUUAGUAGCGACGACAUGCAGUGUCAAACAUUUUUUCGAAACCUGUCGCGCAAAAAACUUUGCAAUUGAGAAGUUGAUAGAUAUAGCUUCUCACCUAAUGCUUCCCUCAGUAGGAUCACGCAAAUCGUUACUCAGGUUUGCUAGUACCGCAGCCAAGAAUACAUCAAUACUUCUCCGAGCUCAAUUGGAUUUAAACGAUGUCGUAUUGCGAUCUCCAGAGUACAAGGAAUCCAUCACUAGGCGCCAACUACUGAAGAAUUUGAUAGAAGAUGUGGAUUUCAUUGUCAAGAAUCGACCUAUUCAAUCGCAGACUUACACCAAAAUCAAUGCUUUGAAAAGAGAAAGAACAGAACUAGCAGAGAAGAUCCAAAAAAAGGAGCCCAAUCUUGACGAAGUUAAAGCCAGAUUAAGCGAAAUUAAAAGUGAAAUCAAGCCAUUGGAAAAAUAUGUCAAAGAACUACAAGAGGAAAUAUACAGCAAGGCAGAGGCUUUACCCAAUUUACUUGACCCUGCAGUUCCUGCAAGUGAAAUUAAGGAAGAGUUGGUGCAAUAUAUCAACACCUCUGCAGAAGAGGUUGGCAAGUACGUUGGCCCUGAUACAUCCAAAGAUCACAAGAUUAUUGGUGAGAGAUUUGGUUUAUUUGAUUUUGAGACAGCAUCAAGGAUAUCAGGACCCUCGUGGUACUAUUUAUUGGGCGAUGGUGCUUUACUUGAACAAGCUUUGGUGCAGUAUGCGUUAUCAAAAGCACGUCGACAUGGCUACAAAAUGGUUAUUCCUCCUUCAAUUGUAAGGUCCGAAGUAGUACAUGCUUGUGGCUUCAAGCCAAACGAUCAGAAUAACGAAAAGCAAAUCUACCAAAUUGAGGAUGAGCCAAGGUCGUUGACAGGAACCGCCGAGAUUCCUUUGGGGGCACUUCAUUCUUCUACUAUUUUCCCAUCAAACACAAAAUUUCCAAUUAAGUAUUCAGGAGUAUCGAGGUCGUAUAGAGCAGAAGCUGGGGCUAGCGGGAAAGAUACAAAAGGGUUGUAUAGAGUUCACGAGUUCACUAAGGUUGAGCUCUUUCACUUUACAACGUUAGAGAGAGCUAGAGACGAGCUUGAAAGUGUCAAGAACUUUCAACUUGAAAUCAUUGAGGAGUUGGAUUUAAAAGCUCGCUUGUUAAAUAUGCCAACAUCAGACUUGGGGGCCCCAGCUAUGAAAAAGUAUGACAUUGAAGCUUGGAUGCCUGGAAGAGGUUCAUGGGGAGAAUUGACGAGUUGUUCCAAUUGUGGAGACUACCAAUCGAGAAGACUCGGUAUCCGCUUCAACGGAAAGGGUGACAAAGUCGCCCACGUGGCCACGUUGAAUGGAACCUGUAUGGCUGUACCAAGAGUCAUUGUUGCAAUUAUUGAACAAAAUUAUGAUCAAGAGAAUGACGUGAUACGAAUUCCGAAAGUGUUGGUGCCAUUCAUGGAUGGAAGAAACGUUAUAAGUAAAAUUGAAUAG